AUGAGACAAGCGCUCUUGCCCGUGAGGCUUCUAUUCGUCCUUUUGAGCAUCAAGCCUAGGGGACACAACAGCAUUCGUAGGGGGUCAUUAGAGGUGCUUGUUCCAUCGAGGGGGAAAAGCGACUCGCCAAGUUUUCGUACCACGACAAGGAGCCACGUGGGUGGGGCCUCCUCGAUCAUAUUGACACCAUUGGAAAGGACCCCCCGAGGGGCGUCAUUCCUGUUUGGGAGCAAAGAGGAGAGAAGCAAUCCGUGCAUGUGUUUAAGCAGAGCAUUUAGCAAAAGGGACAUCUCGAGAUUCUCCAAAGGAAUAAGAGGAGGCAGCCUCUUCAGUAGCAGCUUGACGUAUAUUGCUCCUGUGCGUCUAAGUGGCAAGUAUCGCCUGGAAGUUCCGAACGGGGCAGCGAAAGAGGGAAGAGACACAUUAGGAAGAAGAGUAAAGAUGAGUGCAUGGAGUGGGGACCAGGUGGAGAAACGGUACGAGGAGGAGGCCGGGAUGAACGGAGUGAUGGGGGGGCAUGAUGGGUUUGUCAGCGCGGGGAAGGCGUCCCCCGCAUUGUCCUUGCGUCCACCUCUCUCCGCAGAGGAGGUUCGAAGCGGGUUCAUCAACUACUUUAAGGAGAAAAACCACACGGUCGUGGAAAGCUCAUCAGUCAUUCCGUACAACGACAACACAUUGCUAUUUACGAACGCAGGGAUGAAUCAGUUUAAGAAAAUAUUUCUAGGACAGGUGGAUAAGAGUAGCGAUUUGGGAAAGUUGAAAAGAGCAGUGGAUACGCAGAAAUGCAUAAGAGCAGGAGGGAAACACAACGAUUUGGAUGACGUAGGGAAGGAUGUCUACCAUCACACGUUCUUCGAAAUGUUAGGAAAUUGGAGUUUUGGAGAUUAUUUUAAGGAGGAGAGUAUCGAUUAUGCAUGGGAUCUCCUAACAAAUGUGUAUAAAAUAGACCCUAACCGAUUAUAUGUGACCUAUUUUGGGGGCGAUGAGAAAUUGGCUAGCUGUCCUGAAGAUAUGGAGACGAAAAAGAUAUGGUUAAAGUAUCUUGACGAAAGUCGUAUCUUACCAUUUGGUAUGAAGGAGAAUUUCUGGGAAAUGGCAGAAACAGGUCCAUGUGGUCCUUGCUCAGAAAUUCAUUAUGAUCGGAUUGGAAACAGAGAUGCUAGCAGUUUGGUGAAUAAGGACGACCCAAGUGUCUUGGAAAUAUGGAACAUCGUCUUCAUGCAGUAUAAUAAGGAUGAGAAGAAAAAUAUGAACAAAUUGCCCUUCCCAUGUAUCGAUACAGGAAUGGGGUUAGAAAGAAUAACCUCCAUUUUGCAAAACGUUGAGAGUAAUUACGACACGGAUUUGUUCCUCCCGAUUUUUAAGCAGAUAAAGGAGAUUUUUAAUCAUCUGCCUGAUUAUGGAGGUAAGGUUAAUGAAGAAGAUGUUGACAAAAUUGAUUAUGCGUACCGAGUUGUUAGUGACCACAUCCGAUGUGUAACAAUUGCCAUUAGUGAUGGUUGCCUUCCUGGAAAUGAAGGACGAAAUUAUGUCAUAAGGAGGAUUAUCAGAAGGGCCAUCCGAGUAGGUAAGCAGAUAUUCCAAGUAGGCACUAACGUCAUGUGGUUCUACAAAUUGGUGGAUUCUGUGUGCCAAAUUUUGAAGAACUGCUUUACCGAUUUGAAAGAUGAAGAUCGAGUGAACUAUAUUAAGAAUAUCAUCAAACAGGAGGAGCUCGUUUUCAACAGGACGUUAGAAAAAGGAGUGGAUCAGUUUAAUAAAAUUAUCAAAAGGGGGAACAAUACAGGGGGGGAUAAACUCUUCAGUGGGAAAGAUGCUUUCGAUUUGUACACUUCGUAUGGAUUCCCUAUCGAUCUGGUACAAAUCAUGUGCGAAGAGAAAGGCUUCAAAUUAAAUAUGGGCGAAUUUAAUGAUCUGUUUAGGAAACACCAACUAGUGUCCGAUACGAACAAUUUUAAAAUGAAUAAAUUUUUUGACCUGCCAGUGGAGAAGGCCCAUGAGUUGAAGCAGAAGCAUGGUGUGGGAGCAACGGAGGAUCAUCUGAAGUACGAAUGGAAUAACGAUGAUAGGAAGAAUGACACGGUGAAAGUGGAGACCAACGUAGUGGUCAUCUACGAUGGGGAGAAUUUCAUAGACAGGAUUGAAAAACCGAGUGAAGAGAAGAAGUAUGCCCUCAUUUUGAGGGAAACCAAUUUUUACUACGAAAAUGGAGGGCAGAUAUACGAUACGGGGGUGAUUCAAAAUGAGAAGAUGAAAUUCAAAGUACUUAAUGUGCAAAAAAUGAGCGAAUAUGUUCUUCACAUUGGUAUGCUCCAAGAGGGGAAAAUAGAAAAGAAUGACUCCGUUCACACGCUGGUAAAUUUUGAAAGAAGAAAACUAGUUGCAUGCAACCACACCGCAACGCAUUUACUCAAUUUUGUCAUAAAGAAAGUUUUAACGGAGCAUGUCGUAGAUGCGAAGGGGGACACGAAGAAUGGUCAUUCGGUCCACACAACAAAUCAGAAGGAACAAGCUGGAGUGAACUCCAUUUUUAAUUGUGAUCAGAAGGGAUCCCUAGUAGAUGAUGAGAAAUUGCGAUUCGAUUUCUCCUUCUUCCAAAAUGUAAGUGACGAAUUGGUUAGCAAAAUCGAAAGCCAAGUCAACGAUUUGAUCAGGCAAGAAUUAGCCGUCUCCGUUCGAACCCUGGAUCUUAAGGAGAGCAAAAAGAUUAAAGGAAUCAGAGCCAUCUUUGAGGAAGAUUAUGCAGACGUUGUCAAUGUAGUCUUCAUAGACAACGACGUGGACAAGAUUCUAAACCAUCUCGAGGUGAACUACUCCUAUUUGUGCUCCAUCGAAUUGUGUGGAGGCACCCAUAUCGCCAACACGAAAUUUAUAAAGAAAUUUAUCAUCACGUCGGAGGAAAGCAUCGGGAAGGGAAUUUACCGAAUCAAUGCUGUCACGAAUAAGAAGGCGGAAGAGGUAGAAGCCAAAUUUGAUCAUCUGCUUGCCAAGUACAAACACAUCUUUGAAGAUCCCAAUGAAGGCAAACUAGCCGACGUACAGACGUACAAACGGGUUCUAAAGGAAGAUAAGUUUCUGCCAUAUAUUAGGAAAAAGGAAAUAUUGCAUAAAUUGGAAAAAAUUGAAAAAAAUAUCAUCGAGAAGACGAAGAACAUGGAGAAGGAGUUAUUCAAGAAAGCUACCACUAUUGGAAAGGAUUACGCUUUGGAAGACAAAAGUGGUGUCCUUCUAGAUGUCAAGCUUUUUGAUGCUCUCUCUGGAAACCAAAAGAUGUUAGAAAAAAUCGCCCAGUCGUAUUGUAAGCAUAACAAAUUGUGCAGCUAUUUCUUCAUCAUUGGUGAUGAGAAGAACACCUACUGCGUUUUCGAAAUGAAGGAUUCUUUGAAGGGGACCACUAUACAGGCAGAUGCUUUCAUGAAGGAGAUAAUGCAGUCAGUGGAGGGCCAUUCUGGCGGAGGUAAAAACAAGGCUUUCGGGUCGGCAGCAAAGGGGAAGGGAGUCAUCAUAAAGCAGCUGGCACAGGAGGCGGUUAAGAAGUACCACUAG